CCGUGCCGAGGAGUAGCAGAGUAAUCCGGGGUGGGGCUCCAGGCAGGAAGACCACGACCGACUCCAGCGGGGAGCCACGGGGAGAAUCUGAGCGCAGGGUGUGGCAGGCCGCGAGAGCGACGCGCACUUUCUCCAACUCUGUCCAUUUCCGUUGCUUCGCGAGUGGCGGUCGCGUCUCGCAUCUUCGCCCUCUCAUUUUAAGGCUGCGCUUUUGCUCUUCGCCUAAACGAUCCCCCGAAGCCAUGGCCAAGUAUACAAAAGGUACUGUAAAAGAUUUCCCUGGAUUUGAUGCCAGAGCUGAUGCUGAAGUUCUUCGCAAGGCAAUGAAAGGAUUGGGAACUGAUGAAGAGCCAAUCCUGAAGAUUCUAAUGGGCAGAAGCAAUGCACAACGCCAGGAAAUUGCAGUACAAUUUAAAACCUUAUUUGGCCGGGAUAUGAUUGAUGACUUUAAAUCUGAACUUACGGGCAAAGUGGAGAAACUCAUAGUUUCCCUGAUGAGACCUGAACGGAUUUAUGAUGCUCAUGCAUUAAAACAUGCCAUUAAGGGGGCAGGAACUGAUGAACAAGUCUUAACUGAAAUUCUUGCAUCUCGGACACCUGCUGAAAUCCGGAAUAUAAAGCAAGCUUAUCAGGAAGAAUAUGGAGCUGAUUUAGAAGAUCAUAUAACAUCAGAUACUUCUGGUUACUAUCAGCGAAUGCUGGUAGCUCUUCUACAAGCUAACAGAGACCCUGAUGGCCAGAUUAAACAAAAUCUAAUUGAGCAAGAUGCUCAGGAGUUGUUUAGAGCUGGGGAGUUGAAAUGGGGAACAGAUGAAGAAAAAUUUAUUACCAUUCUGAGUACUCGAAGUACAGUUCACUUAAGAAAGGUUUUUGACAAAUACAUGACUAUUUCUGGCUUUCAAAUUGAAGAAACAAUUGAUCGUGAAACAUCUGGUGCACUAGAAAAGCUGCUUCUGGCAGUUGUGAAAUGUGCUCGAAGUGUUCCUGCCUAUUUUGCUGAAUGUCUCUUUUAUGCAAUGAAAGGAGCAGGCACUGAUGAUGAUACAUUGAUCAGAAUCAUGGUUUCAAGGAGUGAAAAAGAUCUACUUGAUAUCAGGCAGGCAUUCAGAAGGGAUUUUGCAAAAAGUUUGCACCAUGUAAUUCAGAAAGAUACAUCUGGUGACUACAGGAAGGGGCUUCUGCUGCUGUGUGGAGGAGAAGACUAGUGAAAUUUACAAUAACACAGAGGACAGAAUCUCAAAUCAUGCCUUGUGCCUUUUUCCAGUUGUAUGGUAUUUACAUAGAUUUGCAGUCUUCUCUGUAUCCAUGCUGGCAUUUUUAUGCCAGAAGCAGCGUACUGUUGUUAGUCAUGUAUUAUGAUGCUUCUUCUUGCACUGGCUUGCUUACAUAAGAUUAUUUUCUUUACUAGGGGAGUUAUGUUGUUUCAUGCAUUUUUUUACAUAAUUGAAAUUUACAGUUUGCUGUUUACUUAAGUCGCAGUAAAAUCAAUGGGACAAAUUUGGAUCCAAUCUUUCAUGUGUACAUUCCUUAUUGAAAAAAAUCAACAAAAGUGCCUUUUAAAUAAAUGGGCUUUUAUUUUUAAAAUCAAAAGCCCAAAAUAUGAGGUGCUUCUAGGCAAAGCAUACAAUUAGGGCCUGCUAAAGUUUUGCAGUUGGUCAAGAUGACACAGUUUUCCUGAAGGAAAACCAGAGUUUUCCACUGCUGUUUCUGACUGUUUUUAUCACACAAAGAAUCGGGAGGAAAAGCUAUAAUAAUUGCACAAUGUCUUUUGAGAGGAUAGUGCUAAUGGUUGGCUAUCUAAGAACAUUCCUUCAUUUCAGCAAAAGUGGAAGUAAGAUGCAUUCCAAGAAACAAAACCAAAUUUCCUCUUAGCUAAACUUGCACUAUAUAUCUUGCACUUUUUACUCAUAAAGAAUGUAUCUGCUAAUAGAUUUAAAACUGUGAGCUAUGCAUUGACUGUCCUCAUGUAAUGUGAUUUUGGUACAAUUAAAAAUGUUUAUAACCU